GCAGAAGAAGCCGCCACAGCCUCUCAUUCGCUGUCUGUUGGCGCGGAAGUUCCUUCAGGGUGGCCCCUGUACUGUCAAUUAUUUUUUAAAUUCUCUCUUUUCCCCUUUAACCCUGGAUAACAGAUGCUCGUUGUUGAUGCUGUGUGAAGUGUCUUCAUUGACGAAGCUCCACACAGGACUGAGUGGCUCGUACCGGAAUGCAUUGUGUUAUUGUGGUGGCUCGCUGGUCGUUGUUCUUCUUUUAGCCUGGUUAGCUCGACUAGUUUAGCUGCCUGCUCUUUAUGCUCUUUAAAGCUGUCAGCGUGUACUAAAUGACUAGGCUAGUUAGCUAGCUAGGUAACUAGCUACUUUACUACUGACGAGCAAAAGAGCACCAGGCUGCCGCCGAGUGUGGCAACAACCUUUGCUGCCACCUUCGCUCAUUUUACGUUGGCUGGACGAGCCUUAUUGUUUUUAGCUGGUUAGCUAACGUUUAGAUAGCUAGGUUAACUUACUUAGACCGCUGCGGAAGGUUGGCUUUCCUGUUCCUGAGCUGUUCAGUAACAGUUACGUCCCUCUGAAGUAACUUGGGUUAACAGUCGCCUGUUUUGGAAGUAUACUGUGAAAACCACUGACGCAGCACCAUGCUUGGGGAGUGUGGCAUGAAAGAGCGAGAUAAGCGGGCACUGAAGAAGACCUCGUUUGAACUUUGUAGAGAAAUGGUGGUGGAUGAGCUGCUCAUCCAGUUUUUGCAAGCAGAUGAUGUGCUGACUGAAGGCAUGGCUGAAACAAUACUGGCAGAGCCAACAUCCCAUAAGCGAAGCUGGCGUUUGCUGUCACUGUUGCCGAAGCGUGGCCCCCGAGCCUUCGAAAGUUUCUGCAUGGCUCUCAAAGAGACAGAGCAGCAGCACCUCUGCAGCCAGCUCAUUCGAUCCAGAGACCGAGAGAGCACACCCACAGAGAGUGAGGGAGAAAUCUCAUUGACACAGGACAGCACACCUGCUAAGAACAGGAAAGAUCAGAAGAGAUUUCCAGACCCCACUCUUCCACUCCCAACGCAAGAGUGUGCAGUGCCUGCCAAAAGAGCUCGCACCCACGAGUCUAUGGAGAUGUGUUUGGAUGCUGACAGUCCUGUGACCACUGCUGUGCUACCCUGCACUCCUGAGUUCUACAUGUCCCACAUUGCACAGGCCUACUCAAUGAGCUCUAGUCCGCGAGGCCUUGCCCUAGUGGUGAGUAACGUGCGCUUUGAACCAGAAUUAUCAGAACUGGACAUACGAAGAGGAGGAGAAGUGGAUGAAGAGGUGCUAAGGAGACUCUUUACAGAACUGGACUUCACAGUCAGCCUACGCAAAGACCUCACUGUCCAGGCGAUGCGGGACUGUAUAGAGCAGUUUACACAGCGCCCGGAGCACGCAGUGUAUGACUGCUGUGCUGUGUGUUUACUGUCUCAUGGAGUUGAGGGCUCCAUCUAUGGAACUGACGGCCAGCUGCUAGAGUUGGACUGGGUGUUUGAGAGGUUUGAUAACGCUCGCUGCCCCCUGCUCCAGAACAAGCCAAAAAUGUUCUUCAUUCAGGCCUGUAGAGGAGAGGAGAUGGACAGUGGUGUAGACCAGGUAGAUGGUGAUGAUCGUGCAGAGCCUACAGGCUGUGAGCAGAGGGAUGCAGGGAGAGAAGAGAAGAGCACAAGACAGAAUGAAACAAGGGAGCAGAGAGACAGCGAGAGACUUCGAGUGAAACUGCCCCAGAGAUCCGACAUGAUCUGCGGAUUUGCCACUCUCAAAGGUUUCAGUACUGCUGCAAUGAGGAACACGAAGAAAGGUUCCUGGUUCGUUCAGGAACUCAAUGCAGCUGUGAGACAGAGAGCCAGAGACAUGCACUUAUCGGAUAUACUGGUGCAGGUGAAUGCACGAAUUAAGGAGAGAGAAGGCUACGCACCAGGUUCAGCUCAUCAUCGCUGUAAAGAGAUGUCUGAAUUCACUAGCUCUCUCUGCAAAGACCUCUACCUCUUUCCCAAAUACUGCCCACCCAGCUAGACAGUCACAUACUGCUAUAAAAGACCUUAAAUAUACAAAUAUUUCAAAUUUGCAAGAUUUUCUUUUCAGCUCAUUUUUUUUUAAACAUUCACUCAAUUCUGUGCUGUACUUAUUUGCUUUGGGUUUUGCUAACAAUUGGACCAAUUUUAGAAUUACAGACAUUCCAUUUUGUUUUUCACUUUAUAGUUCAUACAACCACAAACACCAAGCACUGUGUUUUUGCACACAUUUAUACAUAUAGUCCUGAAACAGAUGAGUAGUUUUGUGCAUGUCCAAAAACAUGCAUUUGUGAAUAUAAUGUGUUUUUAUGUAUAUAUAUAUCCAUAUAUUACAUAUGAUUUUUGAAGUUACACCAAUAUUUCAGUCUAUGAAAUAACAGAUAUUUUUAAAUUCCAUUUGUCUUUUUAUCUUAUCAUAAUUUUACAAAUUGUUAUGCUAGCCUUUUUUCAGAGAUCUAUUUUUGUCAGUUUUGUAGGAACACAACUAUGUACAGGUUUUUUACUUUUACUUUUUUCUUGCUUUUUCUCUCAAAGCAGCAUUUAUGCAGAAAUUACAGCAUGCUGAAGGUGUACCCCUCCCCACACACCCCCACUCCAUCAGAUCCCUUUCUCUCAUAAUGUGUUCACAGUAAAUACUCACACAUUGCAUGCCUUUUGGCUAUACCACCCUGCAGUGUUCUAUACUCCACAGGUUUUAAUGUUGCACAUUGCAGUGUCUGCAGUACUGACUGUACAAACAUCUGCCUUUUAUUUUGUUUUAUUAGUACUAAUAUUGCUGUUCUUUUAGGUUGAUUCUUAAUCCUUAGAAUUAGUUCAAACGUUCAAACAGUUUUGGGAAAUAUGUUAGGAAUUGGUUAAAUGUAUAAUGAUAUCAGCAAUACGAAAACUCACUUGCCAAAAUAGUUUUCGAUGUAACAUUCUCCUACUCUAAAUAUCUUUUCAGUUAACUUUUAUUAUUUUGUGCCUUUUGUGAAGCAUUGCCUUACAGUUACAUUCCACAUGUAAAUCUGUUUCGGUCUGUAUUUCUUGUCUCAACUUUUCCAUUGUAUGGAUAUGGUUGUAGAUGACUUCCCCACCACAUUUCUCCUCUAGGAGGCAGUAGAGCCAUAAGAAAAGAGCUCAACUUUGCUCACUCACUCAUUUGUUCUACUGGAUUCAAGGAUUUGUUCUGUAAGAUUUGAACACAUGCUUUAAAUCAAUGCCUCUACAGUGCCUUGAAAAAGUAUUCAAACCCCUUGAACUUUUCCACACUUUUUCAUGUUACACCCACAAACGUAAAUGUAUUUUAUUGGGAUUUUAUGUGAUAGAACAACAUUAAGUAGCAAGUAAUUGUGAAGUGAAAAGAAAGUUAUACAUGGUUUUCAAAAUUUAUCACAAAAAAAAAUCUGAAAAGGGUGCUGUGCAUAUAUAUUCAGCCCCCUGAGCCAAUACUUUGUAGGACCACCUUUUGCUGCAAUUACAGCUGCAAGUCUUUUGGGGUAUGUCUCUACCAGCUUUGCACUUCUAAAGACUGAAAUUUUUUUUGCCCAUUUCUUUGCAAAAUAGGUCAAGCUCAGUCAAAUGGGCUGGAGAGCAUCUAUGAAUGGCAAUUUUCAAAUCUUGCCACAGAUUUUCAAUGGGAUUUAGGUCUGGACUUUGACUGGGCCAUUCUAACACAUGAAUACGCUUUGAUCUAAACCAUUCCAUUGUAGCUCUUGCUGUAUGUUUAGGGUCAUUGUCCUGCUGGAAGGUGAAGCUCCGUCCCAGUCUCAAGUCUUUUGCAGAUUCUUACUGGUUUUCCACCAGGAUUACCCUGUAUUUAGCUCCAUCUAUUUCCCAUCAACUCUGACCAGCUUCCCUGUCCCUGCUGAAAAGAAGCAUCCCCACAGAAUGAUGCUGCCACCACCAUGUUUUACGUUGGGGAUGGUGUGUUCAGGGCGAUGUGCGUUGUUAGUUUUCCGCCACACAGUAUUUUACUUUUAAGCCAAAAAAUUUAACUUUGGUCUCAUCUGACUAGAGCACCUGUUGACAGAUUUCCCCACCUGAGCUGUGGAUCUUUGCAGCUCCUCCAGAGUGACCAUGGACCUCUUGGCUGCUUCUCUAGUUAGUGCUCUCCUGGCAUGGGCUGUCAGUUUAGGUGGACGGCGAUGUCUUGAUAGGUUUACAGUUGUGCCAUACUCCUUCCAUUUUCAGAUUAUAGGUUGAACAGUGCUUAGUGAAAUGUUAAUAGCUUGGGAUAUUUUUUUAUAACCUAACCCUGCUUUACACCUCUCCACAACUUCAUUCCUGACCUUGCUGAUGUGUUCCUUGAUUUUCAUGAUGCUGUUUAAUCACUAAUGUUUUCUAACAAACCUCUGAGGCUUCACAGAACAAUUCUAGUUAUAUUACACACAGGUGGACAAAUUAGGUGACUUCUGAAGGCAAUUGGUCACACUGGAUUUUGUUUAGGGUUAUCAGAGUACAGGGGGCUGAAUACAAAUGCACACCACACUUUUCAGAUUUUUAUUUACUAGAAAAUUUGAAAACUGUAUAAUUUUCUUUUCACUUCACGAUUAUGUGCUACUUUUUGUUGGUUGAUUUGGGAUUUUAAUUUUGUGGGUCUAACAUGAAAAAAUGUGGAAAAGUUCAAGGGGUAUGAAUACUUUUUCAAGGCAGUGUAUAUCCCCUGUCUGACCUGUAAUAUGUAUGUGUCCAGAUGGUUAAAGGUGUUUUGACAAUUCUGAGUCAGUUUUAUGGUCAGUACAGUGAUGGCCACAAUCUGCAGAUUUCCUUAGGUUCUGUUUAAUGCAGUCAGAUUGGGGUGCACAAUAUUUCUUUGGUAUUGCUGUUGAAUUUGACCAAAUCAGAACUAUAGAACAUGUCUCUGUGAGGCAUGUGUAAUACUGCAGGGGUCACAGCCUUUUGACACCUCACAACCUUUGACACAGCUCUCUGUUAUUCUUGAACACCUUCAACAUUUCAGUUCACUUUAAUCAUCUUUCAUUAUUAGAGACAGAAACUGUAUAUUAUAGACACCAGAUUAUAUUACUACAGAUUAACUUUCACAUGGGACAUAUGUUUUUUGUUGUGACUUUGUUUUAUUUAUAGUUUAACAGCAGUAACUGACUGCAUCACAGCAAGUAUUUUGUACAAACAUGUUCCAAACUGUCUUAAAUUCAGACUGUUGUGCCAAAAUGUUAUUCUUUUCAUGCUGAAUAUAUGCAAGUGUAUUUUGACCCUUUUGAGUAGGUGGGUGCUGGGUAAUGAGUAAAAUACUGUACUUGUUUACUGUCUUUAGUAUGGUAUCAUAUAUUAAGAAAAUCAUAAUUGAAAAUUUGGAAAUACAUUUUUAUAUCCAUAUAUAUUUAUAAAUACUAAGAUUUAAGCCCUUAAAUUCAGUUAUAAAGGAAGGACUGUUGUACGUAUGAAUCUGUAAAAUAGAUUAAUAGGGUUUCCCACAAGUGUUAAUGGGGUCACAGCAGUAUUGAUCUGCUUCCAUUUUUUUUUUUGAAAACCUAUAGCACCUAAUGUUGUGAGUUGUACUUUAGAUUCUGUUCUGAAGUUUUUCAUGUAUAUGAUUUAGUCUGAUCACAACCAGUCAUGUACAGUCAUAUGCAAAAAUUUGAACACUAUUUUCUAAGUGAAAACAAGUUAACACAUCCACUGCAGGGAAAAAAUGUAAAUAUGGCAUUUCUGCUCAUUUUAAUGCACUAUUUAUAUUUAAAUGCUGUGUUUAACAUAAUGGAUAAUAUCAAAUAAAAGCUUUGCACAUUUUGUUAACCCCCCCCAAUAUGUUCAAUUCAGAAAAUAAGCAGUAAUUGUCCACUAAAAUUAGUGAAAGGUUGUUCUCUGUAGAGGAUGUUUUUAACUUCUUUUCACUUAGAAAAUCAACAAAAUGUCAUUUGACCAGGAGCUGCCCACACUUCUACAUAUGGCUGUAUAUGGCCGAAACUCCCCUUUGUGCCUGAUGAAUUUUGUCAAGAAUUAAGUGAAUUUAUAUGCAGUGUGGUUUUGCCAUCCCACUGGGGAAGAAUGACCUACUCAUUAGUAUAACUUGCAGUUAAUAUUUAUAUGAAUGACUCUAUUCACUGCCAUUAUCUGUUCUAACAAGCUCUUGAGGGUGCUGUGGAAAAUAUUGUUAUUCAGUCUUUUGUGAUAUUUUUGUAAAACAAAAACUCUUAGAAUAAAAAGUAUAUUGUUCAAAAAGAAA